AUGCUUCGCUAUCUUCCCGCCUUGGAAGCCUACCGUACAAAUCCCGAGAACUGGAAUGCCUUUACGCGGUCCAAUGCGACCGCUUCUACGGUGGAUGUGAUUGCCAACGAGUCUCCUCUGAUGCUACUGCCCACCACUAGCAACAGCUUUGACUUUCAAUCGAUGGACGGGAAAUCGAUUUGUCACAUGAUCGAGAUGAAUCGAUUCACGAUGCAACGAGGUCCUCAGCGGCUCAACUUUCCAUCCAGUUAUCCUCUGGAAAGCAUGGCGGCCGUGAUUAUGGCCAUGGAACACUUGAAUACUGGCAAUGGCGUCGUGGUACCCGAGAUUGAGGGACUCGACGAGAGAUGUGGUAUCAGAUUUACAUCCGAGUUUUGGGAUACCGUCGGAAUGGAAGAUGUCGCCAUGGGGUUGGUAGUCGAUGCUAUCAGUCAGCGACGUACUCCUGCACAGCAACAACCGUGUGCCUUUCAAGGAGCCUUUCGAUCCUCUGUCAAUAUCGCCACGGCACUUUACACCAGUCUCAUGGGAUUCCCACAAGUCUCGACUCUGACGUAUCAACCCGAAUUGGCCAAUCGAGACAUUUAUUCACUCUACGGGAGUCUCAAUCCCAUUAGUGCCGCACUGCCCUUCCUACAAUUCAUCACGCAAGUGCUCGGCAUUCAACACAUGGCAGUCAUCUAUCCCGAUACGGGGUCCGGUUUGUCUUGGGCCAAUCCACUCAGAGAAGCGGCAGCACGACAUUACCCCGACUUUGUGCUGGAACUGGUCGGAUACACCUACCGACCCGAUUACGAUUUCAAUACCACCGUACAACUCCUCAAAGAGACCAACAUUCGAUACAUUUACAGUGUGGCCGGUACCGUUGAAUAUCCACAACUCAUUCAAGAAGCGUUCCAGCAGGGCAUUGCCGGACCAGAGACUGGAUACACUUGGAUUACUUGGGUCGGGAUUGCCCAACAGUUCCUCCUCAACAAAGAGUUCCUCCCGGAUGACCCCAUGUUCCUCGCCGCCCAAGGCAUGCUCAUUUUCGAUUCCACCCUCCGCAGUAUUCCCGGCGUCGGUCGUUACGAUGCCUUUAUUGAAGAGCGUGCCAAAUUGGCACACAAUCCCGAGGAUAUCGCCUACUUGCAAUCCAAACUUCCCAAGAAUACACCUGAAAAUUACGACAAUACAUUCGAUCCCAGCAUUCUCACAGGCAUUGGUCGGUUCACCGGAACUGCCGCCACUUUGUACGAUGCCACUGUGGCAUUGGGGUUGGGAGCCUGUGCGGCCAAUACAUCCACCCUAUUGGAUGGACCCACCCAUUAUCAAGGAUUCCUCAAUGUCUCCUUUGUGGGGGCGAGUGGAUUGAUUCAACUCGAUCCCGUCACUGGUACUCGCGAUGCCACUUCCAAUCUCUAUGCGCUGACCAAUAUGGUGCCCACACCUAGCACCGCCAGUGGUAAUAUGACGUACACCGAAGUCAAGACACAUUACUACGAUCAAGGGCAAUGGGUCAAACUGGAGGAAAUGGUCUUUAGCGAUGGAUCCAACACACCACCACCAGCCAUUCCACCCAUCACCGUCGAUACGCAUUCCAUUAGCAGCGGACUCCGAGCGGUAGGACUUGUCAUGGGAACACUCGCCAUCUUGUCCGCUGUGGGUGGAGCCAUUUGGACCAUUCUGGCGCGUGAACAACGCAUCGUCAAGGCAUCGCAACCCAUCUUUUUGCUCCUCAUUUGUGCCGGAGUUCUACUCAUGUCAUUGGCCAUUAUUCCCAUGAGUAUCGAUGACAAUGUCGUCGACGAUCCCGAUGCCGCUUGUGCCACAAUUCCCUGGUUGUUGUCGUUGGGCUGGUGUGUUACAUUUUCCGCACUCUUUAGCAAGACACGACGCGUCAAUAUCAUCUUUCACAAUCCCGGGUUUCGACGGGUCAAAGUGAAUGCCAUUGAUGUCAUGAUACCCAUGGGCGUUUUGUUGCUCCUCAAUGUCAUUGUGCUGGCCAUCUGGAAUACGAUGUCUUUGGUAGACCCAGUGAAUCCGUUGGACAAUGUGUCACGGAUCAUGUGUGGCCCUUUUUGA